ACAGGAAAUAUUAGAAAAGGUUUGUUAAUUGAUGCUAUCGAAGAUGGAACAUAUACAAGAUUACACUCUUAUGAUUACAGCCAAGGAAAAAGUUUAAAUUUAGUAAUAAAUCCAUUUGGAGGAGGCAAUGUAGGGAUUGGAACUUCAAAACCUCAAAAUAAAUUGGAAAUACAAGCAGAAUUAAAUACUGACAAUACUGGUAAAUCAGGGUUACGCUUUUCAAACUUAAAUUCAAAUUAUUUACCUGUUAAUAACCCCGGAAAUGGGGUUUUAUCUGUUGAUCAAAACGGAAAUGUAGUUUAUGUUAAAAAUAAAGUCUAUAGGAAAUGUAAUGAUACUUCAGAUAAAAAUGCCGAUUUAAUAAAUGAUGUAGACUUACCUUUAAACAAUAAUACAUUUAUCUUUAAAGAUGGGGAUUUGAAAAACUCAAUUAGAGAAAACCGAGUUGGAAUUGGUGAGUUUAAUAAUUGUUCUGUAAAUGCAAAAUUACAUGUGAAAAGAGAUGGAGAGACAUUUUUGAGUGGAGAAGGAGUUAACAAUACAAUAAAUCCAAACGUGAAUUAUGGAGUUGAUUUAAAUGUUAGUAAUUCUACUACGUCAUAUGGAAUGUUUGCGUCUACGACAGGUUCAACACAAGCUUAUGGAGUAUAUUCAGAUGCCCGUGUAAAUGGAAAUAGUUCAAACAAUUCGUUUAGUUAUAGAUCGGAAGAGCG